AUGAGUCAGCCACCGACGGGGGGCGCUGCCCCUGCCACAGCCGCAGCUUCUGCCGCCACAGCUGCCACUGAGGCUCGCUUGCACCCGGAGGGCAGCAGCAGAAAGCAGCAGCGUGCUCAGUCACCCGCUAGACCGAGAGACAAUUCGGUCCGACAGACCACCGCGGCCACCCGGUCCCCGGUAGGGGCUGGCACUAAACUCAAUUCUAUUCGACAGCAGCAGCUGCAGCAGCAGCAGGGCAACAAGACCGGGAGCCGCACGGCGCCUCCGGCCAGCGCCCGAGGAAGCGGAGGAGGGGCGGAGAAGGCCGCGCCCCUGGCGCCCAAGGGGGCCGCGCCGGGAGCUGUCCAGUCCUUGGCUGGUGCUGAAGUGGCCCCCGUGGCGACCCUGGCCCCGGUGGGUGUCAGGAGGCCUGGCGCGUCGGAGGAGCCGCCCCGGGAGCUAGAGCCCGCGUCCUCUAAACUCGGGGAACCCCCUCCUCUCGGAGAAGGAGGAGGAGGGGGUGGGGAAGGAGGAGGAGCCGGCAGCGGCUCUGGGGAAAGGGAGGGGGGCGCUCCGCAGCCGCCGCCGCCGCCCAGGGGCUGGCGAGGGAAAAGCGUACGCGCUCAGCCGAGGGGCGGCAGCGGCGCGGAGGGGGCCUCCCCCUCGCCAUCCACCUCCUCUGCGGGCAAAACCCCAGGCUCCGGCAGCAGAAACUCAGGGAUUGGCGUUGUGGGGCCUGGCAGCGGUGGCGGAGGGAGCUACUGGAAGGAAGGAUGUCUGCAGUCUGAGCUCAUCCAGUUCCAUCUCAAGAAAGAGCGGGCGGCGGCGGCGGCGGCCGCGGCUCAGAUGCACAGUAAGAACGGCGGCGGCGGCAGCAACCGCAGCUCUCCGGUCGCUGGCGCCCCUGCCAUUUGUGAGCCCCUCGCAGUCCCUCCCACCUCCCCAAUGGCGGCGGCAGCAGAGGGCCCCCAACAGGGCGCAGAGGGCAGCGCGAGCGGCGGCGGCGGCAUGCAGGCAGCGGCGCCCCCUUCGUCGCAGCCGCACCCGCAGCAGCUCCAGGAGCAGGAGGAAAUGCAGGAGGAGAUGGAGAAGCUGCGGGAGGAAAACGAGACUCUCAAGAACGAGAUCGAUGAACUGAGGACCGAGAUGGACGAGAUGAGGGACACUUUCUUCGAGGAGGAUGCCUGCCAACUGCAGGAAAUGCGCCACGAGUUGGAGAGAGCCAACAAAAACUGCCGGAUCCUGCAGUACCGCCUCCGCAAAGCCGAGCGCAAAAGGCUCCGCUACGCGCAGACCGGGGAGAUCGACGGGGAGCUGUUGCGCAGCCUGGAGCAGGACCUCAAGGUAGCAAAGGAUGUAUCUGUGAGACUUCACCAUGAAUUGGAAAAUGUGGAAGAAAAGCGAACAACAACAGAAGAUGAAAAUGAGAAACUGAGGCAACAGCUUAUAGAAGUUGAGAUAGCAAAGCAAGCUCUGCAGAAUGAACUGGAAAAAAUGAAGGAGCUAUCUUUAAAGAGAAGAGGAAGCAAAGAUUUGCCAAAAUCUGAAAAGAAGGCUCAACAGACUCCCACAGAGGAGGAUAAUGAAGAUCUGAAAUGCCAGCUGCAGUUCGUGAAGGAAGAAGCUGCUUUGAUGAGAAAGAAAAUGGCCAAGAUUGAUAAAGAAAAGGACAGAUUCGAACACGAGCUCCAGAAGUACAGAUCCUUUUAUGGGGAUCUGGACAGUCCUUUGCCUAAAGGAGAAGCCGGGGGGCCUCCCAGCACCAGAGAGGCUGAGCUCAAGCUGCGGCUGAGGCUGGUGGAGGAAGAAGCCAACAUCCUCGGCAGAAAAAUCGUCGAACUGGAGGUGGAGAACAGAGGCCUGAAGGCGGAACUGGAUGACCUGAAGGGCGACGACUUUAACGGCUCGGCCAACCCCCUCCUGCGGGAGCAGAGCGAAUCCCUGUCGGAGCUGCGGCAGCACCUGCAGCUGGUGGAAGACGAGACGGAGCUGCUGCGGAGGAACGUGGCCGACCUGGAGGAGCAGAACAAGCGCAUCACGGCGGAGCUCAACAAGUACAAGUACAAGUCGGGCGGCCACGAGAGCGCGCGGCACCACGACAGCGCCAAGACCGAGGCCCUGCAGGAGGAGCUGAAGGCGGCUCGCCUGCAGAUCAACGAGCUCAGCGGCAAGGUCAUGCAGCUGCAGUACGAGAACCGCGUGCUCAUGUCCAACAUGCAGCGCUACGACCUGGCCUCGCACCUGGGUAUCCGCGGCAGCCCCCGCGACAGCGACGCCGAGAGCGAUGCGGGCAAGAAGGAGAGCGACGACGACUCGCGGCCGCCACACCGCAAGCGCGAAGGGCCCAUCGGCGGCGAGAGCGACUCGGAGGAGGUGCGCAACAUCCGCUGCCUCACGCCCACCCGCUCCUUCUACCCCGCGCCCGGGCCCUGGCCCAAGAGCUUCUCAGACCGGCAGCAGAUGAAGGACAUCCGCUCGGAGGCCGAGCGCCUGGGCAAGACCAUCGACCGACUUAUCGCUGACACCAGCACCAUCAUCACCGAGGCGCGCAUCUACGUGGCCAAUGGGGACCUGUUCGGACUGAUGGACGAGGAGGACGAUGGCAGCCGCAUCCGCGAGCACGAGCUGCUCUACCGCAUCAACGCGCAGAUGAAGGCCUUCCGCAAGGAGCUGCAGACCUUCAUCGACCGCCUCGAGGUGCCCAAGUCCACGGACGACGCCGGCGCCGAGGAGCCCAUAUCCGUGAGUCAGAUGUUCCAGCCUAUCAUUUUACUUAUUCUCAUUCUUGUAUUAUUUUCAUCACUUUCUUACACAACAAUAUUUAAACUUGUCUUCCUUUUUACACUGUUUUUUGUACUGUAAAUCUCUCAUCAUUUACCAUUCAUUGUAG